AUGUAUAAUCCAACGUUUUGGGAAUACCUUGGAGUUGUCCUGUUAUUCGCUGUCUUUGGAACCGUAUUAAACUUUUUAAUUAUUGGCUUUAUGAUGUAUGCCUUAUGGAUAACAGAUGGAUUCGGCCCGCCUCAGCUAGACUUUGAUUUAAAAGGCUUCCUAUUGUUCAGUUCUUUGAUUGUUGCCGUCGAUCCUGUGGCUGUGUUGGCUAUCUUUCAAGAUAUUGGUGUUGAAUUAGGCCUAUACUAUAUUGUAUUCGGGGAAUCCUUGUUAAAUGAUGCUGUCACUGUUGUCCUCUAUGAUAUUAUGGAUACAUUUACAGGGAAGAAGGCAGUCACCGGUGGAGAGAUUAUCGUUGGUGUGGUGUCUUUUUUCACUGUGAGUUUUGGUGGCCUGUUGAUUGGUGUUGUCUUCGGUAUAGUGACGUGUUUAAUCACACGGAUAAAAAGUCGUCUGAAUGCUUUCACCCUAUUAUUGCUUGCAUAUUUCUCUUACAUAAUGGCUGAUUGUAUUGGCUGGUCAGGGAUUAUAUCAAUGAUCGGGUGUGGACUUAUUCAAGCCGCAUAUGCAUUUCAUAAUUUAGAUAGAAGUGCUGUCACAGUUGUCCGCAAUUUAACCAGGAUUGUCUCUGAUAUUUGUGAGUCAGUGAUCUUUUUAUUCUUUGGAAUUGAAGUAGUCUCUACGAAACUUAUCUGGCAUACUGGUUACAUCCUAUGGGCUUUAAUAUGGUGUCUAGCAGCCCGUGCUAUUGUCAUAUUCACGUUGACAUUUUUUGUCAACUUUUUUGAAAUUAGUGGGACAAAAAUUAGUGUGACACAACAGAUUGUAUUGAUUUAUGGAGGAUUGAGGGGAGCUGUUGCCUUCUCCCUGGCUGUACUCAUCUCUCCGAAUAAACUUGGUCAACAAGGAGAGUAUAAUCGUCAAUUGAUUGUGACAACGACGAUAUUUAUUAUCUUGUUUACUACUGGUCUUAUGGGUAUGACAAUUAAACCCUUGGUGAGACUGUUAAAAAUUCGUAUGGAAAUUGAUAAAAAAUUGAGUCAAUUCGAUUCAUUGAAUGAUGGUAUCCUGCAUUGUACCCUAGCCGGGAUUGAAAGUAUUAUCGGUUAUCGUGGAUAUAAUGCUAUGCGUGAUAUAUUCAUUCGAUUGGAUGAAAGAUACUUGAGACGAUUUCUACAGCGAGAACCUGAAACACAUGAUCAAAAAAUGUUAAAAGUCUAUGAGAAGGUGACCCUGAAAAUGCAUUAUGCAUCGAUGUGUCCAAGUAAAACAGAGAGUAUAUUGAAAAAUAUUCCCGAUUCAUUAAAGUAUAAAUUUAUUUCAUUGAAUGCUUCAACAAUGUCAAUACCUGGAGCAUUUAAUCCACUUGGUUCAAUGCAGAAUCUUUCAACGCUUCAUACGGUGACUACACCGGUAAAUUUAAGUGGACCAACAGCAGGUGGAGCGCAUCCAUUUAAAAAUAAAAUAUCUGAUAGUGUCACCGGUAGUAAACAACAAAAGACGCAUAAUGUCAGUAAAUCAUUAAAUUAUCCACGUAAAACUAAAUUUAUUCAUGGACAAAAACGUCAAGCACACUUUGAUGAAGCAUUUUUCGAUAUUAUGAAGACGCGUAAUCGUGUGUUGAAGAAUCAUUUAAGUAGUAGUGGUGGGAGCGCUAGUGGAACUGCAGGCGGAGGCGCCAGUCGAUCACAUCUACAAAUGCCAAAUAAAAAAUUUGAAAUACACGUUCCAGUUAUUCGUGAACAUAGUACAGAAAAUUAUUCUACUGACGAUGUAGUGAUUGAUUCAAAAAAUUUUAAAAAAUUCUCAUUCGAUAAAUCACCUUCAAGUUGAAGAGCAAAAAGGAAACAGCUUUAUACUCAUACCAAGAUUUUGUUUUUUGAUUGGUCAACUUUCUGAUAUAAUUAUUCAAAGGAAUUCCCUACAUAUAUAAAUACACUUACAGGCACACACACACACACACGCGGACAUGUAUAACCGCCUACGCACAAACUUGAAAUAGAUAGAUAGAUAGACAGACAGACACAUGUAGGCGUACAUACAUACUCGUACACACACAUAUCGCGCGUACAGAUAGACACAUGGAUAUACAUACAUACACAUUAAGUGCUUAAAUGCACACGCCCACCCUUGUAUAUA